AUGAACAAAACUGCGGAGCCGACCGAGUUAUUUGUGCCAGGGCCAUCAAAGGAAGAAUUGUCGUCGUCUGUUUUCAACGACUUAGUCACUCACUGCAAGCCGCUGCUGGUGGCUGUGGGACAGAGUGGCCGUAUUAAUCUCGGCGUGAAAGAUGUUGCCCCGAGUUUAACGGCUUUCAAAGUGGAAGGUGGCGUCACGAUGCCGGACGAAUAUUUCGGUAAAAUGUUUCGAGUAGGAUCUUCGGUUCUACCCGGUCGCUCAUCCCUGUUCAGAUACCAAAUUGCAUCGUUAUCUACUUCUAAUGUCAAGUUCGCCGACCAGAAGGAUUCAUCACAGUCAUCAUCUAAUAAAUCAUACAUCGGCUUAGCUGUAGGAGCUGCUGGAUUAGCUACCAUCGGAUAUUUGUAUUCCAGUCGAAACAAGGGAUCAUCGUCUCCAUCUAAAAUUUCGAUCACUGGACUUACGGAUGACACCUUACCGCUCCGCCCGAAGUUUCCCAAUUUAUUGGAGAAUAUCAACUUACCAGAAAAAGUGCCUUAUCUGCUGAUUGGUGGUGGAACUGCUUCAUUUGCUGCGUUUCGCGCCAUUAAGUCAAACGACCCGAAAGCGAAAGUCCUAGUCGUUACGGAUGAACCGUUCAAACCAUACAUGCGACCUCCGCUCUCCAAAGAACUAUGGUUUGGCGAUGACGCGGCGUCUCUCAAAAAUCUCAUGUUCAAGCAAUGGAACGGCAAAGAACGAUCGAUUUACUUCGAACAACCAGAUUUCUACUGUAAACCAGAAGAAUUGAUUGAAAAGGAAAAUGGCGGUGUUGCUGUUGCUACGAGCGCGAAAGUCGUCAAAGUGAAUGUCCAUGAACGUCGUGCCUACCUCAGCAAUGGCAAAGAAAUUGAGUACGAUAAAUGUUUGAUUGCUACAGGCGGUCAGCCGAAAAAUCUAGCUGUUUUUGAAAACGCUGAGAGGAAACUACAAGAUCGCGUGAUGCUUUUCCGUAACAUCUCAGAUUUUCAAUAUCUGUCGGAGGUUGUGAAGAAAGUGAAAUCGGUUACCAUCAUCGGAGGAGGUUUCCUUGGUUCCGAGCUUGCUUGUGCACUUGGCCGUCUAGCCAAAGAUAAGAAGUAUAAGGUUGAAAUUAACCAAGUGUUUCCUGAAAAAGGAAACAUGGCGAAAGUGCUUCCUGAGUAUUUAAGUUCCUGGACGACUGCAAAAGUGAAGCGCGAAGGAGUGAACGUAGUAUCCAACUCUCAUGUAACGACAGCGAAAUUGGAAGAUGGGAAAAAAGUAGUUCUCGGUCUUAAUGACGGAUCUCAGUUGAAAACCGACUUUGUUAUUGUAGCCGUCGGUCUUAAACCAAAUGAUGACCUUGCGUACACAUCAGGAUUGGAGCUGGACGACGUUUUCGGUGGAUAUCGUGUCAAUGCUGAGCUUGAAGCUAGGUCAAAUCUGUGGGUGGCUGGGGAUGCAGCCUGUUUCUUUGACGUAAAACUUGGUCGUCGUCGCGUGGAACAUCAUGAUCAUGCCGUGGUCUCCGGUCGAUUGGCCGGCGAGAACAUGACUGGAGCUCGCAAACCUUACUGGCAUCAGUCCAUGUUUUGGUCAGACCUUGGACCAGAUGUUGGUUAUGAAGCAAUAGGAAUCGUGGACUCGUCACUACCUACGUUUGGGGUUUUUGCCAAAGCCACAUCUGCUGAUUCUCCGCAAGCAAUCGUGGAAGCGACAGGGGAAAGCAUUCGUUCAGAAACGGAAGAAAAAGCGACAGAAGCUGCUCUACACACAGUUUCGAACCCUGUGGAUAUUGGUGCGAUGCACGACCCGCAACCUGGAGAAGAUUAUGGCAAAGGUGUGAUUUUCUACCUGCGGAACAACAUCAUCGUGGGCAUGGUUUUGUGGAACGUGUUCAACAAGAUGCCGAUAGCGCGUCGUGUAUUAAAGGAAGGCAAGUCAUUCGAAGACUUGAAUGAAGUCGCAAAACUGUUCAACAUCCACGGGACCGAAUGAGAUGACUUUGUUUCCAUUUCGAGAUGCGAGAACCUUGGGAAUCCACGUAGCUUUGCGGUGGCCGUAUUGUGAUUUUAUCUCGAUACCUGUGCAAACUAGUUUCUUUUUUUUUUUUUUUU